CCUGCGCGGGAGCUGGUUGGCUCCCGGUCCUCCCCACCCCCGGGCCGCCCUCGCACCCACUGGAGCCUGGGCUCCGUCGGGGGUGAGCCUCAUUCAUUCAUUCCCCGUGGCGCUGAUGCUGGGCCUGGCUCUGCUCUCCCUGCCCUACAUGCUUCUCCGCCCUGGCUGCCGAAGGCCCCUUCCCGCCAUCUAAUGAUACACUCUGCAUACGCUUCUGUUGAAAAUUUGUGGCUAGACAUUCCUGUGGGACUGGGAAUCCAAAUUCUUGGGUACAAACAGAAACUUACUUUCCUUGGGGAUUUCUCUCUCUCUCUCUCUCUCUCUCUCUCGCUCACACACACACUCUCGCGUUCUUUCCUUUUUUCUUUUUCGUAGCAAUAGGGGGGGGGAAGAGACAAAACAAAACAAAACAAAAAAACAAACAAAAAGCGACACCACCCCCCCCUUUUAUUUUCAAAAGUAGCCAGGAAAAAAUAAAACAACAACCAACCAAGUCAAUCCCAACCCGACCCCCUGAAGGUCUGAUUUCUCGCCUUCCUCAGAGAGGGGCAUGGCUUCGAACAGCAUCUUCGAUUCCUUCCCGACCUACUCGCCAACCUUCAUCCGCGACCCGAGCACCAGCCGCCGCUUCACACCUCCCUCCACGGCCUUCCCCUGCGGCGGCGGCGGCGGCGGCGGCGGCGGCGGCGGCAAGAUGGGCGAGAACAGCGGCGCGCUGAGCGCGCAGGCGCCCGUGGGGCCCGGCGGGCGCGCCCGGCCGGAGGUGCGCUCGAUGGUGGACGUGCUGGCGGACCACGCGGGCGAGCUCGUGCGCACCGACAGCCCCAACUUCCUCUGCUCCGUGCUGCCCUCGCACUGGCGCUGCAACAAGACGCUGCCCGUCGCGUUCAAGGUGGUGGCGCUGGGGGAUGUGCCUGAUGGGACGGUGGUGACUGUGAUGGCAGGCAAUGACGAGAAUUACUCUGCUGAACUGCGCAAUGCCUCGGCAGUCAUGAAGAACCAGGUGGCCAGAUUCAACGACCUUCGCUUCGUGGGCCGCAGUGGGCGAGGGAAGAGUUUCACACUGACCAUCACCGUGUUCACCAACCCCACCCAAGUGGCCACCUACCACCGAGCCAUCAAGGUGACCGUGGAUGGACCCCGGGAACCCAGACGGCACCGGCAGAAGCUGGAGGACCAGACCAAGGCGUUCCCCGAUCGCUUCGGGGACCUGGAACGACUGCGCAUGCGCGUGACGCCCAGCGCGCCCAGUCCCCGCGGUUCCAUCAGCACCGCCAGCCACUUCAGCAGCCAGGCCCAGACCCCCAUCCAAGGCACCUCGGACCUGAACCCUUUCUCCGACCCCCGCCAGUUCGACCGCUCCUUCCCAGCGCUGCAGACCUUCACCGAGAGCCGCUUCCCCGACCCCAGGAUGCAUUACCCGGGGGCCAUGUCGGCCGCCUUCCCCUACAGCGCCACACCCUCGGGCAGCCUCAGCGUGGCCAGCGUGCCGGCCACCAGCCGCUUCCACCACACCUACCUCCCGCCGCCCUACCCGGGGGCCCCGCAGAACCAGAGCGGGCCUUUCCAGGCCAACCCGUCCCCCUACCACCUCUACUACGGCGCGUCCUCGGGCUCCUACCAGUUCUCCAUGGUGGCCGGCAGCGGGGGCGACCGCUCCCCCACCCGCAUGCUGGCCUCCUGCCCCAGCGGCGCCUCCGUCGCCGCCGGCAACCUCAUGAACCCCAGCCUGGGCGGCCAGAGCGACAGCGUGGAGGCGGACGGCAGCCACAGCAACUCCCCCACCGCCCUGAGCACACCGGGCCGCGUGGACGAGGCCGUGUGGCGGCCCUACUGACCGGCCCGGGGUCAGGGCCCACUGCUCCCAACGGAGGCGGGGGCCCCACGAACCUUCCCGACAAGUGGCCGGCGCAGCUCUGAGGCCCCGGACGGGAAUGAGACUUAACGCUCCGGGCCGGUCACGGGCCCGGGGUCCGCGAAUCCUGGGCUCCAGAGCCGGCAGGUGGCUCCGAGAGCAUGUAGUCCAGCCACGUCGUUGUACAGACAGGCGGGGACCUCCCUCAGGUCACCGCCCCCGGCCCAGAUCCUCAUCAUCUCACCCCACGUGGGGAAAGUCUCCUGCCGCCUCCCCCGGAAUGACCUAGCUGUCCCCAGCUACGCCCGGUGCUGUCACAGGGCCCAGGUCCCCUGGGGCGGAGACCAUCUCUGUUCCAGACAGAGGUGACGUUUGCCCGCAUGGCUUGGCCUCUUACGCACGGGGCCCUGGAAAGACCUCCCCGCCCCACCCCACCUUCCUCAGAGACCCCCACCCCCACCCCACGGGCCCAGCCCUCCCUCCAC